AUGGGCAGGUUUAGUAACAUAAUAACGUCCAAUAAAUGGGACGAGAAACAAAACAACAUUGGCGAACAGAGCAUGCAGGAAUUACCAGAAGACCAGAUAGAACAUGAGAUGGAAGCAAUAGAUCCAAGUAAUAAGACGACCCCAUACUCUAUUGAUGAGAAACAGUACAACACAAAAAAGAAGCAUGGGUCAUUGCAAGGUGGCGCAAUUGCUGAUGUAAAUUCGAUAACUAAUUCGUUAACAAGAUUGCAAGUUGUCUCUCAUGAAACAGAUAUUAACGAGGAUGAAGAAGAAGCCCACUAUGAGGAUAAACACGUGAAGAGAGCCUUGAAGCAAAGACACAUUGGUAUGAUUGCACUAGGUGGUACAAUCGGUACUGGUCUUUUCGUUGGUAUCUCCACUCCCUUGAGUAAUGCUGGCCCUGUGGGGUCCCUGAUUGCUUACAUUUUCAUGGGCACCAUUGUCUACUUCGUUACCCAGUCACUUGGUGAGAUGGCUACGUUUAUCCCCGUGACAUCAUCUAUCACUGUCUUUUCGAAGAGGUUCUUAUCACCUGCAUUCGGUGUUUCUAACGGCUACAUGUACUGGUUCAAUUGGGCUAUUACUUAUGCUGUGGAGGUUUCUGUCAUUGGCCAAGUUAUUGAAUACUGGACAGAUAAAGUUCCAUUAGCGGCCUGGAUUGCGAUAUUCUGGGUAAUUAUUACUUUGAUGAAUUUUUUCCCUGUCAAAGUUUAUGGUGAAUUUGAGUUCUGGGUGGCCUCUGUUAAAGUUUUAGCCAUUAUGGGUUACUUGAUAUAUGCUUUGAUUAUUGUCUGCGGUGGAUCCCACCAGGGCCCUAUCGGUUUCAGGUACUGGAGAAAUCCAGGAGCCUGGGGGCCAGGCAUCAUCUCCAGUGAUAAAAGUGAAGGCCGUUUUCUCGGAUGGGUCUCCUCCUUGAUUAAUGCUGCAUUUACGUACCAAGGUACUGAACUGGUUGGGAUCACCGCUGGUGAAGCGGCUAACCCAAGAAAGACCGUUCCAAGAGCUAUCAAUAAAGUCGUCUUUAGAAUCGUACUAUUCUAUAUUAUGUCUUUGUUCUUUAUUGGUCUACUGGUUCCAUACAACGAUUCCCGUUUAUCUGCUAGUUCUGCUGUUAUUGCAUCAUCACCCUUCGUUAUUUCCAUUCAAAACGCUGGUACUUAUGCUCUUCCAGAUAUUUUCAACGCCGUGGUGUUGAUUACUGUUGUAUCUGCCGCUAAUUCGAAUGUUUACGUUGGUUCCCGUGUUCUUUACUCUUUAGCUAGGACUGGUAACGCACCAAAGCAAUUUGGAUACGUCACCAGACAGGGUGUUCCAUAUCUCGGUGUUGUUUGCACUGCUGCAUUGGGUCUUUUGGCAUUCCUGGUUGUCAAUAACAAUGCAAACACUGCAUUUAACUGGUUGAUCAACAUUUCCACUUUGGCUGGGUUAUGCGCCUGGUUAUUCAUCUCUUUGGCACAUAUUAGGUUCAUGCAAGCUUUAAAGCACCGUGGUAUUUCUCGUGAUGAUCUGCCCUUCAAGGCCAAAUUGAUGCCUUAUGGUGCCUACUACGCAGCCUUUUUUGUCACCGUCAUCAUAUUCAUCCAAGGGUUCCAAGCGUUCUGUCCGUUCAAAGUUUCUGAGUUUUUCACAUCUUACAUCUCCUUGAUUCUUUUAGCCGUUGUGUUCAUUGGUUGCCAGAUAUACUACAAAUGCAGAUUUAUUUGGAAGCUAGAAGAUAUUGACAUCGAUUCCGACAGAAGAGAAAUCGAAGCAAUUAUUUGGGAAGACGACGAGCCUAAGAAUUUAUGGGAGAAAUUCUGGGCUGCUGUUGCAUAG